CGAAAGGUAAUCAAGGGUCCGUCGUAGUAUACAAAAAUCUAAGGAUUUUUCCGACGGGAGGUGGCAGAGAUCCGUGCUUGCACGUAUGUUUGUCUCCACUUCACUUUUUAGCACUUUGGUGAAAUUUUUGCGAAACUCGAAGUGUUUUUCAUUAAAAGAGGUCCUGAACCCAGUUUGCUACCGAUUGUUGUUUUUUUCAUUGCUAAAUUCGUUGAUGUUGGUUAUUUUUGUUUUUUAUCGCGAAUCGUUUAUGUGAAAAAAAAAAAUCAUAAAUCAUAAUUGAACUUUAUUUAUUUCAUGUCCAAUCAUCACGACAACAAUCGCGCACUAUUUGUAAUGAUGUUUAUCACUGUUUGUUUUGAUCCGCAUACGCGAUGUUUUUAUACAAAUUUAUUUUAACCCACUACCCACACCACUGAUUCUCCACAACAAUGACACGCAAGAAACUAGCAAAGGCUCAAACAAAUUAUGAGCCAAUUACCUGGCAAGCAGAGGAGUACGAUGCAGAUGAUUCGGACCUGGAGGAAUCACUUGGGAUUCCUAGGCCGCUCCCAUCUUCACAUCCCAACUAUCCGCUAGAGGAGUUGGAACUGGACCUCGAAGAAACUCUGAUUACAUUAAGAAAUCAGAGGACAGAAGGCCGCCUCAUGCCAGAAGACGUAAGUAAACUUAAACGAAUUAUGAACCUGUUUUUGCGUGACAUGAACAUCGUCACUAGUGACAUUAAUUCGCGAUUUUUACCCCCUAGCGCGACAUGCGAAUACAGGGAACCCGAAUCGGACCCGGAAUCAGAUAUUGUGCUGAUAGUUCCCAGCUCUGACUCGGAAGAUUUAGAUCCGUCCUUCAGCGAAUCCGAUUCAGAUUCGGAUGACCUGCUUCAGGUCAAAAAGGGAACGUACAGAAGCCCCAUGUCACGCAAUAGUUCCGGCUUUUACAGUCAGGAAAACACCAGUAAGUCGAAGCUUCCUUCUUCGAACUGUCCUCGCGACUUACCUGGUAAAGCUUUCCAAACUUCAAACUCACUAACUUCGAACCCCGAAUCCCAAAGAAAGCAAACCCGAUCUUUUAAGAUCAGGAAAAAGGCCACAAAGUAUAUUCAAGAGGAACCUACGGCCAAAGAACUGUGCAGUAAAUUUAUAUCGAUUUUGGAACUUGAACAUUCUAGGAAUAUUCCGCGUUCCGGAUGCACACCUGGAACCCAAACCCAUUCUUUCAAACAUCACAAAAAGAAAAACAAAUCGUUCUAA